AUGGCUGGAGUUGAAGGAACUACCACCGCAGCCGUUGCAAACACAUCUAUAGUAUCUGCAGAUGUGGUAAAUGCUACUGCAGGCGGAGGUGGUGUAUCAUCCACUACAGCUGGUAGUGGAGAAGUAACUACCACUGUAUCAAGCGAGGGAAACGUAAUUGCCACUUCAACUACAACAGGAGGAGUAACUACCUCGGCAGUGUUCGGCGAUGGAGUGACUGCUACAGGAGUGGUUGGAGGAGUAGUAACGACCGCAGCAGGAGAAGAGACACCCACUUCAGUAGCCAGCUCGGCAGUAUCCGGCGAUGGAGUGACUACUACGGGAGUGGUUGGAGGAGGAGUAACGACCACUGGAGAUGCAGCAGGAGGAGUAACUACCUCGGCAGUGUCCGGCGAUGGAGUGGCUACUACAGGAGUGGUUGGACGUGGAGUAACGACUACAGCAGGAGAAGAGACAGCCACUUCAGUAACCAGCUCGGCAGUAGUCGGGAGUGAAGGUACUAAUACAGCAGUAACCGGAGGAGCAGUAACCAGCACAGCGUCAGUGAGUGUUAUCGCAAUCACUACGACAGGAAUUGGAGCAACAACCUCAACAGCUGGAGGAGGAGAAACUUCAUCGGCAGUAGAUGGAGGUGAAGUAUCUCCGACAACCACGCAAACAGCACCACCUCCAAGCAGUGUUUACGUGGACAAUAGACCAGGCAAGUACAACAAUCAGAUUUUUGGGGAACUGUUGUGGCCAUAA